AUGGGUAGCGUCGACACCAGCCUGAAGGUCAUCGUCAUCGGCGCCGGCCCCGCCGGUUGCGCGCUCGCCCACGGCCUCAAGAAAGCAGGCAUCUCCUUCAACAUCUACGACAAAGGCGCCGACGUGUACCGCCAUCGUCACUGGGCCUUCACAUUAGGCUGGGCACGACCCUACCUCUUCGACCUCAUCCCCGAAGAGCUCAGCGCGCAGAUCAACUCAUGUCAAGUCGACCCGUACGUCGAUUGCGCCGCGCUCGGCGAAGAUAGGAUUGUUAUAUAUAAUGGUCAGACAAGAGAGGAGGCGUUCGCAUUUCCGAUACCGCAAGCGCGCGAGAUUAAUAUUAGAAGGUUGCGCAUGUUGUUAGCGGAACAGUUGGAUGUUAAGUACAGCAAGAGUUUCUCGCACUACGAAACGACGGAAAGUGGCGGAGUGAAGGUACACUUCGAAGACGGCUCGACCGACGAGGGCGACAUUGUCAUUGGCAUUGAUGGCGCCAUGUCAAAAGUGCGCCGCUGUCUCCUCCCCCACUCCGGCACCAUGGACACCCUCCCCUUCGCCCUAAUGAACUUCAACGCUUCCUACACCGCCUCCCAAGCCCUCUUCAUCAAAGAACACCUCCACCCCCUCGUCGACAUCGCGAUCCACCCCCAAGGCCACUACAUCCGCGCAAAUGUGCUGGAUAUGCCCGAUGAGAAAGACGCGAGUACCUGGACGUUUCAGAUCCUGUCUACGUGGCCGCUGAAGUACGUUGAAGAUCACGAUAACGAAGACGGCCGGUUGGAAAGGCUUAAAGCGCAUGUGAAGCGCGAUGGAUGGGCGGAACCGUAUAAAAGUGCUAUUGAAUGGAUACCAGAGGAUACACCGGUGCUGCGCGAUCAGCUCAAGAUAUGGAAGACGGUUCCGUGGGAUAAUCACGACGGGAGGGUUACGCUGUGUGGCGACGCAGCCCACGCCAUGACAUUUCACCGUGGGCAGGGUGCUAAUAACGCGUUCUACUCUGCGCAUUGCCUUGUUGAAGCGUUGAAGAGCGUGGCAAAUGGGAGUGCGAGUUUGAAAGAGGCGGUCACAAGUUACGAUGAGAGUAUCUGGAAAAGAGGCGCGAAUGAAGUGCAGAUUAGCAAGGCGCAGACGUUUUUCACGCAUGAUGGGUUGGAGGAGUUUGUUAAUAGUCCGGUUAUGCGGUUGGGGACGAAACCUAGUCAUGCUGCGAGGACGGAGGGGUAUCAGUAG